AUGAAAUUAUUCGUAACUGAAACAAAUCUAUAUCACGAACGGCAACAAAUUGAUAUCGAAGAAAGUAAAUGUAGGAAGUGGACGGAUACAGACGCUGAGGAGAUGAAAAAAUUUCUCGCUUUAAUAAUUCUGAUGGGAUUAGUAAAAAAAUCAGAAAAAGAUGAAUACUGGUCAACAAAUCCAUUAAUUUGCACACCAAUUUUCGAAAGGGUCAUGCCAAGAAAUAGAUUUCGCCAAAUUUGGAAAUACUGGCAUUUCAACGAUAACGAAAAAUGUCAAGACCGAUUGGAAAAGAUUAAAUCCAUGAUAAACCAUUUCAAACAUAAAUUUCAAACCAUCUAUAAACCAACAAAAGAAUUAUCAUUAGACGAAGCCGUUAUACCAUGGCGCGGAAAACUUUGCUUCCGCACUUAUAAUCCUGACAAAAUUGUCAAGUACGGAAUAUUAGUACGCAUGUUAUGCGAAGCACGAUCUGAUAACAUUUGUAACUUUGAUGUAUAUUGUGCCCGGGGAAUAAAACUAAAAGAAACCAUAUUGUCGGUACUGUCACCGUACCUUUACUUGUGA